UGGAUGGAUAUCCAUAUUAUAGACGACAGAAUCAAGGAUCUGUUGAAAUGAAUGGGAAGUUGAUAGAUAAUAGCUGGGUUGUUCCUUACAAUCCAUACUUAUUACUAACAUAUAAUUGUCAUAUAAAUAUGGAGAUCUGUUCAUCAGUAAAGAGUGUGAAGUACUUAUACAAGUAUGUAUACAAAGGUCAUGAUUGUGCAAACCUUUGUGUUACUGAGAAAAACGAAACAGAUGAGACAAAGGAGUAUGUGGACUCAUGAUAUGUGAGUGCACCGAAAGCAAUUCAUUGAAUUUUUAGAUUCAAGAUGCAUGAUCAGUUGCACACUAUCUAUAGACUACCAGUACAUCUGCAAAAUCAACAUAUAGUGUACUUUCAAGGGAAAUGAACAGGUGGCUGCAGAUUGAGCUCAGAGGAAAGAUACGAAAUUGACAGGAUGGUUUAAGUUGAAUGUAGUAGAUGAAACUGCGCAUGACUUUACUUAUUCCGAAAUAACCAAACAUUUCGUUUGGAAGGAUACGACUGCAAAGUGGGAAAGGAGAUAAACGGGAGGAGAGAAAGUAAUUGGGAGAAUGGUGAAUGUAAGUAUUAAAGACCCAGAAAGAUACUAUCUUCGAUUACUUUUAUGCCACAAAAAGGCAGUGACAUCUUUUCAACACUUAUGAACAAUUGUGGUGAAAGAGUCCAUUCAGGUAGGUACCUUUCAAGAGGCUGCGAAGCACAAGGGAUAUCUUUUAGAUGACACAAUUCAUGAAGCCAUUGUUUAUACAAUGCCAUUCCAGCUUAUGCAAACGUUUGCCUAUAUCUGUGCUUAUGGCCUUCCCUCAGAUGCUCUUAAGUUAUAGAAUGAUAAUUUACAGUACUUGACAGAGGACAUUUGCUAUGAGUGAUAUCUCAAACAGGGUGAAUGUCAAAGAUGUGCCGAGAUGAACUUAAGGAUGUAAAAGAUACCCUGACUCUUCUUGGUCAUUCACUCUGCAAUUUCAAUUUACCUGAUGUGGGCUAUGAUUUGCCAAGUAUGAAUCAGAUUAUCUAUAAUUCAGACGUUGAGCAGGAGGCCGCAGAUGAGAUAAUUAGAUCUUUGAAUGACGACUAACGACAAGCAUUCACAAUGAUAAUCAACGCUGUGAAUGAUGAAGCGAUCUACCCUAAAUGUUUUUUCCUGGUUGGACCCGGAGGAAGUGGGAAGACAUAUUUGUAUUGAACUCUUCUUCAUUACUUUUGAGCAAGGAAUGAAAUUGUCAUCCCCACAGCAUCAACCGGAAUUGCGGCAAACUUGCUUAGUGGAGGUAGAACUUAACAUUCUCUGUUUAAGUUACCAUUAGAAGUCAAUGAGACAUCCAUUUCAAACCUGGGUUUGGAGUCGAAAGAUGGAAGAGAUAUUAGAGUAGCGAAGUUGCUUAUCGUGAAUGAAUGCACCAUGGCAUCGAGCCAUGCUAUGAAUGCCAUCGACAGAAUUCUAAGAGAGGUAACUGGACAUCAAAUUCCAUUUGAUGGGAAGGUAAUGUUACUUGGAGGUGACUUUCAGCAAUGCUUAAACAUUCUCCAGCACACAAUGCGACCAGCGAUUGUCCAGUCUGGACUUAAGUAUUGCAAUUCUUGGAGCUACUUUAAGAAACUCACAUUGCAUACCGAUAUGAGAUCACAGGACCCUAAAUAUAGUAAAUGGCUGUUGAAAUUGGGAAACAGCACUUUGGGGAAUUUUUUUGAACUUGAACACACUAUUGAAGUUCCCCUGAAUUUCUUUGUGAAAAUGAUUUGGUGAAGGAGGUAUUUGGCGUGCAAAUAACUCCUAUGAUACCAACAAUUAAAAAUAGGGCUAUAAAAUAUAUAUAGGGCAUUACUUUGCCCUAAAAAUGCUGACAUCGACAGAAUCAAUGUUGAAGUUUUGAAACUUUUACAUGAGCAUGGGGAAAAACUUAUUACAGCUAUGAUGAGCUACAAACUGAUUAUCACUAGGAACGAUUAAAUUACCCAAUCGAGUACCUGAACAGUGUAUGUGCAACUGGAUUACCUCCUCAUGAACUCCACUUGAAGGUUGGAACUAUCAUAAUGCCGCUGAGGAAUCUUAACACAAAAAGGGAAUUGUGUAAUGGAACUCGAUUAGUCAUGAUGAGUUUGAGAGAUCAUGUCAUUGAAGCUGAAGUGCUUACUGGGUCUGGAUUGGGACAGAUAGUCCUUAUACCACGAAUUGAUUUGACAAAUUAUGGUUCUGAUUACCCAUUCACCCUGAAACAAAGACAGUUUCCUGUGAAGGCUUCGUUUGUGAUGACCAUCAAUAAGUCACAAGGACAGACCCUUGACAAGGUUGGAAUUUUUUUGUCUGAAUCCGUUUUUGGACAUUGACAACUUUACGUUGCUUUCUACAGAGUAAGGAGAGCAACCAAUGUGAAAAUCAAGAUACUGAAAAUUUCAGAACAAGGCAAAUUGAUUCAAAAUAAUAAUAAUUUUUUUACCAAAAAUGUUGUGUAUAGAGAAGGUUUAUGAC